CAUCUGCGGGUGUGUAGUUUGUCCCCCUGGGCUCAGCCCUGAGUUCCGCGCCCCUGGGUGCAGGAACGGCCUGAUGCAUCCAUUUGGGCCGCUGGAUUUGUUCGUUGUCCUUCGACCUGCCCGCUGUGGUCAGCCUACAUCCGUGUCCCUGCCCGGGCUGAUUGUGUUUGGGGAGAGUAAAUUCCCGGGAGACACUGGGCCUGCCUGCUCUUACCAGGCGGACAACGCUUGUUUCACGGAGCCUAGGGCCCAACCAUGGCGCUGCCUCCAGCCCCAGCUGCCCUCCAGCCCCACACCGUGCUGUUCCUGCUGGCCUUUCUGAGCUCAGGUUGGGGGGAGUUGGCCCCGCAAAUUGAUGGGCAGACCUGGGCAGAACGGUCACUUCGGGAGAAUGAACGCCACGCCUUCACCUGCCGCGUGUCAGGGGGCCCCGGCACCCCCCAGCUGGCCUGGUACCUGGACGGACAGCUGCAGGAGGCCAGUACCUCCAGACUGCUGAGUGUGGGCGGGGAGGCCUUCUCCGGGGGCACCAGCACCUUCACCGUCACGGCCCAGAGGGCCCAGCGUGAGCUCAACUGCUCCCUGUACGACCCUGGCAGUGGGCGGGCUGCCAACGCCUCAGUUGUCCUGCAUGUGCAAUUUAAGCCAGAGAUUGCCCAGGUCGGGGCCAAGUACCAGGAAGCCCAGGGCCCCGGCCUUCUGGUGGUCCUCUUUGCCCUGGUGCGUGCCAACCCACCUGCCAAUGUUACCUGGAUGGACCAGGAUGGGCCGGUGACUGUCAACGCCUCCGACUUCCUGGUGCUGGAUGCGCAGAGCUACCCCUGGCUCACCAACCACUCCGUGCAGCUACAGCUGCGCAGCCUGGCACACAACCUCUCGGUUGUGGCCACCAACGAUGUGGGCGUCACCAGCGCCUCCCUUCCAGCCCCAGGGCUGCUGGCCACCCGAGUAGAAGUACCACUCUUGGGCAUCGUCCUGGCUGGAGGGCUUGCCCUGGGCACCCUGGUGGGCUUCAGCACGCUGGUGGCCUGCCUGGUGUGCAGGAAAGAGAAGAAGACCAAAGGCCCCUCUCGGCGCCCGUCUCUGAUCUCCAGUGACUCCAACAACCUGAAGCUCAACAACGUGCGCCUGCCUCGGGAAAACAUGUCCCUCCCGUCCAACCUACAGCUCAACGACCUCACGCCCGACUGCAGAGGGAAAGAGACCGAACGCGUGGCCGCAGGCCCCCAAAACCGGCCUGAACUUCAGGAACCCGAGCCCGGCGGCCUCCUCACCAGUCGAGGUUUCAUCCGCCUCCCCAUGCUGGGCUACAUCUACCGCGUGUCCAGCGUGAGCAGCGAUGAGAUCUGGCUCUGAGCCCCCUUGGCCCCCCGGGUCCCCUCCCAGCCGUCUUCCUGUUGCCGAGGUAAAGAGGCCGUGCCACUGCCACUUCUGCCGGCCCUCUAGGCUGGGCAUUGUGUCAGCACGUGACCUUCCUCGGGGACCCACCAAGGCACGGGUACCCACUCUUGCCAGCUCAGGUUGGGGCCCAGCCGAGCCUCUCGCGCCUGGCAGGCGGUUGGCUUGGCACCGUGCUCUCAGCUCUAGGAAGGGCACAAGGA